AACUUAUAAAAACACAGGAACAAGAACAAACACGUGUGUAUAUAUAAGGAGACAAGUCGUAGUGUAUGAAAAGACCUACUAUUUUUUUAUUUUUAAGUGUAUAGUAAAAUACUGCAUUGUGAGAAAUAUACGUAUAAUGCAACGGACUGAUGAUGGUUUCAUUACCCAAGAAACAACGCUUACUUAGUGAAUCAUGUCUUGAAUCAUUCUUAAGCUGGUGUGAGAAGAACGAGUUCAGAAUGAACCGCAAAGUCGAGGUGAGGGCGAAGGGGUCUGUUGCCGAAUACGGGAUGAUUGCUAUCGAUGGCCUAGCUCCAGGCGAGGAACUGUUUAGAAUACCAAGAAGCGUUAUAAUCUGCCCUCAAACAUCAGCAGUAUCAAAAACAUUAGAACAAAAUCAAGACAAGCUGAAAAGUGAUAGUGGCUGGGUACCGUUGUUAAUCACGCUGAUGUAUGAAUAUACGAAUAUGGACUCUGUAUGGCGAUCGUACUUAGAUCUAUGCAUUGAUCAUCACACAUUUAACCUACCCAUGUUCUGGUCACCUGAUGAACUGAAGAAAUUACGAGGAACUGGUAUCCCUGAAGCAGUUACCCGUGAUCUUAAGAAUAUUGAAAAGGAAUAUUCAGCCAUUGUACUUCCAUUUAUGACAGAAUAUCCAAACUUAUUUAGUGAGAAGUAUCAUACGUUGGACAUUUACAAAAAGAUGGUAGCUUUUGUGAUGUCCUAUAGUUUCACAGAGCCAUCGAACGAUGUCGAUGAUGAUAGUGUCUCACCACCACCAAUAAUGGUUCCGAUGGCAGACAUGCUAAACCAUGUGUCUAUGAACAAUGCGUGCUUAAAAUUUGGCAAAGAGAGCCUCCAAAUGGUGACAACACAAGCGAUCCCUGCAGGAGAGGAGGUUUACAACACAUACGGUGAACUUUCAAACUGGCACCUACUCCACAUGUAUGGCUUUGCUGAAAAACCGUUGGACAAUCUCUUUGACGUUGUCGAGUUUACUUCCACUGAACUAUUUGAACAGGCAAGGUUGAUGAAGGAUCUUAAAAUAGAGCUGUUAGAUGAUAAGGUGGCACUUCUUGGGAAAGAAGAUACAUUUGUUGUAGGAGAUGAGGGUGUGUUAACAGAAGAUGAACUUUAUUCAACCCUCAAGGUUUUAUUUAUGUCAGUAGAUGAAUUUAUGGUUCAUAAGGAAAAUGAAGGAUGGACAUCUGAUGAUGACGAUGGCAAUGAUAUAAAUCUUACUUUUGAUCACCUGAAAGAUCUCCCUCUGCCCUGGACAAACCUUUUGGCAUCUGUUGCCAGACAGAGUCUGAAAAGAUACUAUAGAGAAGAUGAAGAGAGUGUUGACAGGAAAAAUAGUAAUAUUUUGUGUGCCGCUCUCUAUGCUGAUUACGUAAAAGAUGGUCAAAUAAAAAUACUGCAAAAAAUGCUGGAUUUUCUUAAUGUAAUCCAUUAAAUGUUGAGCUAAUAACUAAUAAACAACUUUGUAUACAUGUGGGUAGGGGCCUUGUGACAAUCAAAGCACAAAGCAGAGGUGGGUGGGGGUGUUUGUUUUUUGUUUACUUGUUUUUGAACAUAGACACUGGUAUGUGGAAUUUCAAUCGAUUAUUAGCUUGUUUUUGGGUACCAUGCUUGGGGCGGAUGCAGCAUUUAGGGGUAGGAGGUGUGUGCAAGGGUGCAGAUCUAUUUAGAAAGGUGGGGGAAAUUUCGUGGAAAUAGUACCUGUAGAUGUCCGGAAAUGACACUUUUAUAUAGUUACCUGGAGGUGAGUGUGGUGGACGAUCAUCAGUUUAAGAGUCGUUAGUCAGCUUUGGAAUGUGAUUGAUGACAAUAAAAACAGUGGCGUAGCCAAGUGUGUGGGUCCGUGAUAUUAUGUGGGGAGUACAAGUGUUCUGAUCGAAGCGAGGAACCAAAUGCUGGGGGCCAGGGGGCUGCAAAGGGCCCGGUCAGGGUCCAGAAGAAACUGGAAGAACUUCACAAUAUCUUAUGUGACCUCAGCCCAUUUGCUCUCAAAUAAAAAUGUAUAAAUUACAGUAAGUGAAAUUUCUAUGGAAUUAAAGAAUCAAAAUGAACAUCA